CAAUCCAAUUCAAUCCAUGUUUACGUGCCUGCGAAGUUGAAACAGGAGGCGCAAGAGGUGUGAAGUUUUUGACGUGAACAGCUGAUGUUUAUGAUCAGAGCCGUCAGAAUACGACACAGAAUUCCCGUCUCGGUGGUGUAACAAGAAAAGGUUCAUCAAGAUGGUGUAUCUCCACUUCCCUUCACAGUAUACUGAGGAGGAAGAAAUGCUGCAGAAGAAAUACCAGAAGUUGAAGCGCAAAAAAAAGGCUAUACAGCAGAUCAAGACACCAAAGCAAGAACCCCCACCCGUUCAGACAACGAUAAAGAAAGCCACAGAGUCGAAACCAGAUGCAAAAGAAGUGGCAAAGAAGCUGCUGAAGUCAGGGGCCAUCAGCGCAAUCAAGGUUGAAAAUAAGGAGCGACAAGGUUUCAAGAGGUCCAAAGCCGCGGAGAGGAAACGUAGUCUCAACGAGCGCCCCGGUGGAAUUGGUUACCAGCCCUAUGCUUCAUCACAUCCCAUGGAGGAAGAAUCUGAUCAGACUGCACCCUCCGCUGCUCGGCCAGCUGUGAAGUCCUUGUACGACAGUUUUGUGAGUGGGGGAAACCUUGACGAGGACGAUCCUAAGCACUUUGAACGGACUACGGAGAAGACCAAAGAGAGUCACACAGAGAAACGACAUGGAAAUACUAUAUACGUCCGGUGCGACAAUGUGACUGAUGAAGUAUUACGCAGCUGCUUCUCCUCCUUCGGAAGCAUAGUGAACAUAUCAGUCGAGAUGGACAAAAACUGUGGAUUUGUAACCUACGAGAAGACGGAGUCCGCCGAUAAAGCAAUUGGUGAAAUGAACGGUGCAACAUUUAACGGAGUAAAACUGCGGGUAUCGCUAGCGCGGAGACAGCCGCUGGUUCCGCAGCAAGUGGAUGGAACACCAACACUGUGGACCCAAGAUAAUACACCGAAGGGGUCAAGUACUGACAAACGUGAGCUUGUCGUUUACGAAGAGGACCUGUUUUAGUCGAAUAAAAAGGCCCCACUAGCUGUCAUCA